GCAGGUGGGCGGCCGCUAAUUGGUCGAGGGUGUUGGUAGCCAUUCAAGGAGCGGUCGCCUUCUCUCUCCUCUCAUUUCUCCCCAGGACCUCUGUCUUUAGGAGACGACUAUGCCGCGCGGAAGCAGGAGCCGGACCUCCCGGGUGGCCCCCCCGGCCAGUCGGGCACCCCCAAUGAGAGCUGCCCCAGCACCAGCAGUUCACCCUCCAGCAGCAGCACCACCCUCUGCAGUUGCACCACCCUCUGCUGCACCCAGGCAGCCAGGGUUAAUGGCCCAAAUGGCUACCACCGCAGCAGGAGUGGCAGUGGGCUCAGCUGUUGGGCACACCAUUGGUCAUGCCAUUACUGGAGGCUUUGGUGGUGGAAGCAAUGCUGAGCCUGCAAGGCCUGACAUCACCUACCAGGAGCCUCAGGGAGCCCAGCCAGGGUACCAGCAGCAGCAGCAGCAGUUUGGCCCCUGCCACUACGAGAUGAAGCAGUUCUUAGAGUGUGCCCAGAACCAGGGUGACCUCAAGCUGUGUGAGGGCUUUAGCGAGGUGUUGAAGCAGUGCAGGUUUGCAAACGGAUUAGCCUAAUUGAGACCUUCAAAAGAAAGAAAUGGAAAAAUCACCUCUGAAGACCAAUCGAAUUUAUUAAUCCAUAAUUGAUAGGGAAAUGAUAAAGAAAGCUGAGACCACCCAUACUUUGUUUCUUUGUCUAUGUCACUAACAGAACAGGCUUCAAGGGGAGGGACGGAUGGCAUUCGAACUGUGGAAAUAAGGAGAUGAUAUAAAAUGUUGGGACAAGACAAAUGCUUGUGUGGUCUCCUCAAAAUGAAUGAUUGUGAUGUAAACUCUUAGCAGCAAAAAGCAUCUUAAGUUAUGGAUAGUCAUUCAAAUAAAGCUAUUUCCUCCUGGA